AUGAAGAUUGUCGUCGCCGGUUCAACGGGCUUCGUGGCCACCGAGGUCAUUCGCCAGGCGCUGUCGAUCCCCGACAUCACCAAGAUUGUUGCUCUCGGCCGCCGUGAAAUAAGCGCGCCCGCAGGCCUAAGAGCCCACUCCGACGAGGCAAAACUUCAGUCUGUGGUACUGGAAGACUUCUUGAACUAUCCAGAUAAUGUGAAGAAGGAGCUCGAAGGCGCAGAUGCCGUCAUCUGGACCAUAGCAAUUUCCCCGUCAAAGCUCAAGACCGUUACAUGGGAAGAGACGUGUACCAUUUCGCGCGAUUACGCAAUCAAGGGCAUCGAGACAAUCACACACCUGCCACGCGAAGGCAAGACCCAGCCUCUCCGAUUUAUAUACAUGAGCGGGUCGAAUGCGGAGCGCAACCAGGCAAAAAAGCCACUCUUGAUGGGAGAUUAUCUUCUUAUGCGGGGUGACGCCGAGACCAAAAUCCUAACUUACGCCAAAGAAUCCAACGGCCUUGUCGAGGCCCAAGUGACCAAGACCGGUAUCGUUGAGGACCCAAAUAAAAUCAAUCCAGUAGCCAAGGUAGGCAGAGCCUUCUUGCGUUCCCUCGUCGGGCUACACAAGGUCAAUGUGGAAGAUGCCGCCGCUGCACUUCUGGACCAGACGAUCAAGGGGUUCACAAAAGAUACCCUGCUAAAUGAGGAUCUGGUACGCAUUGGACAGGCUCGCCUUGCGGCAGAAGUACCUGCAAAGGAUUCUAGCAAAUGA